AUGGAGGCGACCUCAGGAGACGGCGCGGCCGCGAAGCCCGCCAUGCUGGACCUCGCAGCGGACGGCCAUCGCAUGGGCGCCGGCAAUGGCACCGCUGCCGGCGGCUCCCAGAUCGAACGCCCGUACAGCCCCGCGCUCCACCGGCCCGCGCGGCCCCCCAUGAACGCCGUGAACGGGGACCACAGCCGCGGACGCCUGCUCAAGGACCGCCUCCGCCUCGUGAAGAAGCACGACGCGGACGGCCGCACGCGCUACGAGAUCCUCCCCAUCAAGGCCCAGCUGUCGUUCGACAAGGGCUUCUACGUCUUCAUCCGCGCCAUCCAGAUCCUCACUGCCAAAGUACAGGACGGCGUCAUCAUUGUGGGCAUCGCCGGGCCAUCCGGGUCCGGCAAGACGUCCUUCUGCGAGAAGAUCCGCGCGUUCCUCCCGGGCGUGUCCAUCCUGCACAUGGACAACUACAACGACGGCACGCGCGUCGUGGACGGCAACUUCGACGACCCGCGCCUGACCGACUACGACACGCUGCUAGACAACCUCCGCGGGCUCCGCGAGGGCCGCGCCGUGCAGGCCCCGAUCUACGACUUCAAGCAGUCCAAGCGCGUCGGCUACACCGAGGUCGCGGUGCCCUCCUCGCGCGUGGUGAUCAUCGAGGGCAUCUACGCCCUGAGCGAGCGCCUGCGGCCGCUGCUGGACCUGCGCGUGUCGAUCACGGGCGGCGUGCACUUCGACCUCGUCAAGCGCGUCCUGCGCGACAUCAACCGGUCCGGGCAGGCCCCCGAGGUCAUCAUCCAGCAGGUCGCGGACACGGUGUAUCCUAUGUACAAGGCGUUCAUCGAGCCCGACUUGCAGCGGGCGCACCUGCGCGUGUACAACACGUUCAACCCGUUCUCCGGGUUCAUGGACGCGACGUUCAUCCUGAAGUCGGACCGCGACCUGACGGAGGCGCAGGUCGAGGCCGUGCUGAGUCAGCAGGAGGGGGGGUUUUCCAAGGAGACGUCCGACUCGGUCGACAUCUACCUGCUGCCGCCGCACGAGGACCUGGAGACGUGCACGACGUGGCUGCGGAUGCGGAACCGCGAGGGGCGGUACUCGCUGAUGUUCGAGGAGACGGUCGUGGAGGGGGAGUUUAUGAUUAGUCCCCGCAUCUCCUUCGAGGUGUCGGUGCGGCUCCUCGGGGGCCUCAUGGCGCUCGGGUACUCGAUCGGGACCAUCAUGAAGCGCCGCUCCAUCGCCUGGUCGUCCAACGUCGACCCGCACACCGUCGUCAAGAUGGACGAGAUUGAACACAUGCCGCGGAGGUACAUCCAGGUGCAGGCCAAGAGCCGGAACGCCGCGGCGCAGCUCGGGCAGGCGCUGGGGCUCGAGGGGACGUACAUUCCGCAGACGUACAUCGAGCAGGCGCAGAUGCAGAAGCUCACGAAGUCGUUUCAGUUGGAGGCGGCGGAUCUGCGGAACCAGCUCAACCUGGACGAGGACGCGCUCGGGACGUCGCCGCUCGUGGCGUCGAUGUCGCUCGGGCUGAGCCCGCCGCGGGACUUCGGCGGGCGGGACCGCCGCAGCGCGCACAGCGGCUCGCGGGCGGCUGCGAGCCUGGGCAGCGGUGUGGAGACGGAGGUCUCCGGCGACGAGGGGAGCCUCGGCGGGGACGGGUUCGAGGAGCAGGCGGCGGGGCGGAUGUCCGAGGAGGGCGCGGGGUCGCGCGGGUCGUCCGCGGUGGACCGCGGGAGCGGCAGCAGCAAGGGCGCGGGCACGGGGCUCCUGAGUCAGCAGAUUCGGCUGCCGCGGUCGACCCGGGCGUCGAGCGCGGGGAUGCACCACUCCGGCGCGGUGUGGGACCGGCACGGCUCGCGCGCGGCGCCGUUCGCGGUGCAUGCGGUGACGGACGUGCGAAAGAUAGAAGGGACUUUGGGAGCCUUGGAACAAAAGGUGGACUCGAUUGUGGCGAUGAACUCGGAGGCCCGGGAGCACCUGAGCAGCCGGCGGCACAGUCCGAGGAGCGCGGACCGCGACGGCGCGGCGGCGGAGGCGAUAGAGCGGCUGGGGAAGGAUUUGAUGGGUGCGGUGGCGACGCUGCAGGCGGGGCAGGCAGCGCAGCAGGAGGUGCUGUCGCGGCUGGUGCUGCAGCACGAGGCGAUCGGGCGGCGUCUGGGGGAGCUCGCGGAGCGGGAGGACCGCGUGGCGGAGCGGGCGGCGGCGGCGGCGGUGCGGCGCAGUGCGCAGGAGGCGGCGUCGCUGUGGGGCGGCGCGGCGGGGAGCCGGACGGUGGUGGCGGCGCUGACGGGCGGCGUCGCGUGCGGCGCUGCGCUCGCGUGGCUGCUCGGCGGGAGGCCGAGGGCGUAG